UGUGGGGUGUGGAACUCCAGACAAAGGAGACAUAUACACACUGACACUGGAUCAGUGGAGCGAAAGGAGAGGCAGACAGCUGGAGAGCUUCACUUCCAGCACAGGAGACAAUCCUCAACUCCUAGACUACCUUUUUUUUUUUUUGAGUGUGUGUGUGUGUGUUUUGCAAAACUUUGUGAAAAAGGAGGAUCUUCUUGUUGUGUUUGUUGGCUGCAUGGGUCCGUUUGUGAGCUGAGAGAUGUUUGUGUUGGCACAGUAGUUUGCCAUAUGCUGCUUGUAGUGUGUAGAAUUGUGUGGUUGAUUAUGUUUGGGAUGGAAAAGUGGGACUGGCACGACCAACAGCUCUGGUCUUAGCUUUACGCCAUGGGGGGUUGCCAUAGUUACCCCUCGGCUACGGAGGCAGACGGCAAGACUCUUCAGCCUUCUGACAUCAGCAAUGAAAAACUGGGAAUUAAUAAUAAUAAUCUGGAGGAGCGUCCAUAUCUGCAGCAGCAGUAUGUGUGCCAGCGGAUCACGCACACAGACAUGUUUGCCCUCACUGCUCUGCCACCAGGCGUCGACAAGGCUGAGUGGCUUGCCAGCAACACGGUGGCAUUUUUCAAGCAUAUAAACCUGUUCUCCAGUGCGCUGUCCGAGUUCUGCACUCCCAGCACCUGCCCAACUGCUUGCGGACCUGGCAACACGAUUUAUGUCUGGACUGACGACCACGGCAGGAAGCUGAAGUGUUCUGCUCCGCUUUACUUUGACUAUGCAAUGUCAUACAUUCAGGACCUACUCACUGAUGAAGAUGUGUUCCCCACUAAAACAGGUUCAGUGUUUCCAACAGGUUUUGUCUUUCUGGUCCAGAAAGUGUUUUUGCUGUUGUUCAGGACCCUGGCUCACAUUUACUGGUCUCACUACAGAGAGACACUCGCUCUAGGCCUGCACGCACACCUCAACACACUCUUCACACACCUCACACUAUUCUGCCAGCAGCACGCGCUGCUGGAGCCUGAAGACACCGAGCCACUGCAGGACCUCAUCACUGCUCUGGGACAGCAAGGCUGGACCUAAAGAAUAAAUGCAAACACAUUUUAAUUUACUUGUUAUAACUGAUUAUAAAGCUACAGUUCCGUUCACCACUCUGGGCCAAACUUCAGCCUACUUCAAAGUAUGGAUUUUUUUUAAGAAAAAAAAAAAAAUCUAAAUACUGUUUAUGAACAGUAUGUGGGAGAAUGGAUGAGUCCAAUAUGCUUUAAAAAGCAGUGAUUCAGACCACACAAGAAUGUCUGGCUCCUGUUGUAUAUAGUUGUCAUCUGUUAUUGUGAUACUAUGUGAAACUGUUAUAUUGCAUGUAAGUGUAUUUUAACAUAAUGGUGCAUUAUUGUAUUUUGAUAAGGUCAAGAUCUUAAAGGUCAUUCAUGUCUUUCUCAUAGACUUAACACAGUAACAAAAAACACAGAUCAAUUGUCUUUUACUAUAAGAUAUCAACUGACCCAUAGACAAUUUACAGUUAAUGUAAUGGUGGUGUGUCAACGCAAAUGUGAUUAUAUUGUUGUGACUAUAUCUGUAUCGAAUGGCAUAGCUGACCUCUGUGUCUUUAUGUAUGAUUCUGCAAUAAACUCUCUGUAAUAAACAUUUCUGACAGACAAUUUUCUUAAUAUGUUAGUUUUAAA